GGUAAAAGCAUCAAGGAAGUUGAAGAGUAUUUUUCUUUGUAAUUUUGUUGAGUGAGCCAAACACACAAGAAAACUUCCGCUAAUACACACAUAAACAAUACCCACACUAUAUAUAAUCAUUCAAUCUUCUUGUGCAAUCUCUCUAUUAAUUCCAUCAAUUCACUUGAUAAAAAUCUUCAGCGGCGCAAUCAGAAAGAGGUGAAUUUCUAGACUUUUUCAUCCUCUUUUCUAUACACACUCUCUAUAUAUUUAUAUUUAUUAAUCUUUCGAUUUUCAAGUAAUUGGGACUCUAAAAUCAACGGUUAAGGUGACUCUGAGGAUUAGGGUUUGGUGGGUUUUAUCUGUUUUUGCUUAAUAUAUUGGUGGUAAUUUGUUUCAGGGGUUGGUCUAGUUUUUUAGAUGAAUAUUUGAAUUUACUCUUCUGAUAUUCCUGUUUUUUGUUUUGUUGCGGAACCCUAAGUUUUGUUGUUGAUAACUGCAUGUGGGUGUUGAAAAGUUUGCUUUUUUGGGGUUAUUUAGUCUAGGGUUUGAUUGUUUUUUUGGGGCUUGGAUUGUUUUUUGGUUUAGUACUUGUGGGGAUAUAUUGGAGUUAGAAGUGAUAUAGGGGGUGGUGUUUGUGGGUUUUGUUAGUUUAUUUGUGGUGUCGAAUAAGGGUUAUUUUGUCUGGUUGGAGGUUUCGAAAUUGGUUGAGGCUAGUUAUGGAUACAGUAUAGAGAGUGUAAGAUAGUUUGGAUUGUAAAAGAAAUUGGCGGCGCAGUAGAAUUGUUCGGUUGUCGUUAUCAGAGAGUCAAUUGGUAAGUUGAAAAGGAAGCGUUGAGACUUCCAAAUUACUUAAGUGGAGGUACCUUAGUAGGUUGAACUUUUAGGGGAAAGGAAUUGUGGCGAACAGGUGCUUUCUGGCACUUAGACGCUGAGUACAGAGUUGGCCUUCCCCAUUUCUUUUCAUGUGAUCAUGUUUGAUAUUGAUAAUGGAAAAAAGUGAGCCAACAUUAGUACCGGAGUGGUUGAAAAGCAGUGGAAGUGUAACUGGAGGUGUCUCUACAAAUCACCUUAAUCCGUCACUACACCAAGAUAAUCAGGCUACACUAAAGGCAGCAAGAAAUAAGUCACUAGUGAACAUUGGUGAUCAUGAUAUAGGUCAUCGAACAACAUCAUCUUAUUUUCGAAGGAGUUCAAGUAACGGUACUUCACACUUGAGGUCUUAUGGUAGUUUCGGUAGAAACAAUCGUGACAGGGACUGGGAUAGAGACAUCCAUGACAUUCGUGAUAAGGAGAAGUCAAAUUUAGGGGACCGUAAGUAUCGGCAGUUUUCUGAUUCAUUCGAAAGUAAUUCGUUGAGUAGGUUUGAAAAGGAUGGAUUAAGGCGAACGCAGUCAACCAUAUCUAGGACAGGUGUUGAACCUUGGCCAAGGAGAGUACCAUCUGAUUUGAAGAAUAUUGAUAAAAGCAACCACAAUAAUGGAAAUUCCCGUCUGGCUGUAAGUAGUCCCAUUAGCAGUGUACACAAAGCUUCAUUUGAUAGAGAUUUUCCAUCUCUUGGAGCUGAAGAAAGACAAAAAGAUCCUGAGAUAGGAAGAGUCCCAUCUCCUGGAUUGGGUACAGCCAUUCAGAACUUGCCAACUGGUUCUUCGGCUGGGAUUGCCGAUGGAGGGUGGACAUCAGCACUGGCUGAGGUGCCUGCAAUGAUUGGUAGUAAUGGCACCACCGCUUCAUCUGUUCCUCACUCUGUUUCAAGUUCAGCUUCUGUGGUACCAAGCAUGAUGACUGGUCUUAAUAUGGCUGAAACUUUAGUGCAGGGUCCUCCUCGUGUUCAGGCUGAUCCUCAGUUGUCUGUUGAGACUCAGCGACUUGAAGAGUUGGCUAUUAAGCAGUCCAGGCAGUUAAUUCCUGUAACACCGUCUCUUCCUAAAGCCUUGGUUUUGAAUUCUUCUGAUAAAGCAAAAGGUAAAGUGGGUCUGCAGCAGCAGAGUGCUUCUACAAACCUUGUUCAUCACUCCCCACGUGGGGCACCCACAAAGAAUGAAAUCAUAAAGACAUCGAGCUUGGGAAAGCUUCAAGUGCUCAAACCAGCACGAGAGAGGAAUGGCGUCUCUAAUACUUCAAAGGAUACAUUGAGCCCUACAAGUAGUAGUAAACUAGCGAAUAACCCGCUAGCUCCUGCUCUAGCAACUGUUGGGUCUGCACCUUUGAGAAGUUCAAUGAACCAUUCUAUCCUUGUAAGUGCUGAACGCAAGUCUGCUCCGCCGGUGAUGGUCACCCCAAUGUUGGAGAAGAGACCUUCACCUCAAGCAAAGAGCCGAAAUGACUUCUUUAAUUCAAUGAGGAAGAAAUCUAUGACAAACUCCUCUUCUGCCGUCUCUAAUACUGUCUCUGCUGUGUCCCCAUCAGAUUUGGGUAAGAAUAGUGAAGGCGAGGCUUCUGCUUCCCUUGAUUCUCAAGGAAGAGAUGUCCCAGUGGUGGAGAGUUCUGAUGAGGGCAAGAUUAAUGAGUGUAGGGAUGGAUCAAUCCAAAAUAGUCAUGGGCCUCAGAACUCCCUCGACAAUGGGGUGAAUCAUUCAAGCACUGAUGUGAUACUUUCUUCAGAGGAGGAGGAGGCUGCAUUUUUGCGUUCACUUGGAUGGGAAGAAAACGCUGGUGAGGAUGAAGGACUUACAGAGGAGGAGAUCAAUGCUUUCUACAGGGAUGUAAGUAAGUACAUCAAUUCCGCACCACCCUCAAAAACAUUACUAGGAACUAAACAAAAACUUUUUGGGCCUAUCAAUUUUCAAAUGGGAAGCAAUGGUGGCGUGUCGUCUGGAGUAAGCUCAUCUGACUCUAAGCUGGAUUCUUGAUUGCUGAAUAUCUCUUACCAUGUUUGACCAACGUGAAGGUGUUAGGAAGGUUUUCAGUUUCAACUUUUUUUGUCUUUCUGUCUCUUUGUUGAUAUCGAGAUUCAACCUGAUUCGAGUAGGCAUCAAAAGAAGAGAGGGUUUCUGUGUACUGUGAUGGAAGUGAAUAGGAAUAAGUUACAAAUGAUCGUCCAAGGCCCAGAUUGUAUUAAUGUGCCUCAACUUGUGUAACUCUCCGAGGUUCAACUGUUGAGAUAAGAGUAGGAUUAGGACUCUGUCAAGCUGUUAAUGGUUAUAUCUUGGGUUGUGCAAAGUCUGGAUUUUUGUUAGCUUUGUGGGGGGGUUAGUUUUAAACUUAACUAUGCUACAUAGUUAUUUUACAAAGAAAAGAAGCAUUGGAUUUA